AGUUCCCUAAAUAACCCUUUUGUCAGGCUUAUAAGUUGCAACACUGUCAACACUCAACACUACUACCAUACUCUUGUUUUUGUGUAUCUUCAUCAAGAGAUGGAAGCAAAUGCAAUGCUGUUCAGAUCUCUCUUCUUUCUUAUCUCCCUCUCCCUGCUAUCUCUCCACAUUUCAGCCACAUCAAUCACCCUGUACAACAAGUGCAGUCACCCAGUGUGGCCUGGAAUUCAACCAGGAGCAGGCCAGCCAAUCUUGGCACGUGGCGGAUUCAAACUCCUUCCAAAAAAAUCAUACACUCUACAGCUACCUCCUGCUUGGUCCGGUCGCUUAUGGGGCCGGCAUGGGUGCUCUUUCAACCGCCAAGGCCAUGGAAAAUGUGCCACUGGUGACUGUGGUGGAGCCCUUUUUUGUAAUGGCAUGGGUGGCACACCACCAGCAACUCUUGCGGAGAUUACACUAGGGAGUGAACAGGAUUUCUAUGAUGUCAGCCUUGUUGAUGGCUACAAUUUGGCCAUAUCUAUCACACCAAUCAAAGGCUCGGGAAAAUGUACCUAUGCUGGAUGUGUCAGUGAUCUCAAUAUGAUGUGCCCGGUCGGACUUCAGGUUCGCUCUCAUGACAAUCGACAAGUGGUAGCGUGCAGAAGUGCUUGCGCUGCUUUCAAUUCACCAAGGUACUGUUGCACAGGCACCUAUGGGAGUCCACAAUCAUGCAAACCCACAGCUUACUCCAGGAUCUUCAAGAACGCAUGUCCACGGGCUUACUCUUAUGCUUAUGAUGAUCCUACCAGUAUUGCUACUUGCACCGGUGGAAGCUAUUUUCUCACAUUUUGCCCUCACCAUUAGUUUAGCAUUUUCAGUUGCAUGUGCUAAUAUCGUAACUGCACUUUAGAUUUUUGGAGCUGGUUAUGAAAAAUGGUGCUGUUUGAUGACAGUUUUAAGUUAUCAAGUUGGUAGUAUAUUGAAGUAUGUUGUCCGGACUCCGGAGGAGUAAUGAAGGAAUAUUAUAAUGGCAUUGAGAAAAAUGUGAAAACCAUAUUUUGUUUUUCA